CAGCCUCUUUUUCCUCCGGCUUCUGCCCUGCUCAAAUCCACCCUUUGCUGCUUGUUUGAGGUCUGCAGGAAUUUGACGCUUGGAAAGGAAAAUCAUUGGUGUGCCAAGUUAGAAUAACUCCGGUAUUUUCUACAAAGGGCCGUGAAUAAAUCUCUACUGCUUCCUCCUAGUGGUUUUGCGGAUGAUGAUGAUGAUGGCAAUGCAAGAAGUGGCAAGAAUCAGGGUUUCAAAAUAAAAUAAGGGUUAUGAUUUCCUCUUUGCACAAGGCCUCGCUGUAAAAGCCAUAAAAAGUUUCUCGUUCGUGACAAAGGAAGGGAAGUGAUCUCAUCAUGUUUGGAAAGCAAAAGCAACUAAAAAGCCGUCUUCCUUCCGAUCACGACAGAAUGAAACUAAGCUCAGAGAGAAGCUGAACUCUGUGGGUCCAUAGGGAGAAAAGCUCAGUGGUUGCAGCAAGCGAAGGAGGAAGGAGAAGGCAGCCUUUGAGAUAAAGCUACGCUCCAAGCUUGCAACCAACUGCCCGGGAAAAGAUGCCCGCCUCUGCCACGGAUUUAUGGAACUACAUCCCCGAAGAAAUUUUGGCUCAUAUAUUUUACUACUUGUCCCUUAAAGACAGGCACGUGGCCUUCCAGGUUUGCAAACACUGGGCCGCGGCCGUUUCAACCAGUUCGGUCUGGGGCUUUACAGAAGUCAGUUGUGAUGGAGAAGAGGAGGAAGGCACCUUGAAGAGUCUGCACCAGUUCCUGCCCCACAUCAAGCACCUAAAGAUUAUCUUUGAUCAGUCCAAGGAGACCAUCCGAAAGAAUGUCACCCACAUUUUGGACCUGCUGGCCAAGCAGAACCAUAAGUUGCAGGCGCUGUGCAUCGAGUGCCGAGGAGAAAACCCAUACUUCUAUUCCGGCCAAGACAUCCUGCAGAGCAUCAAGAAUGUCUGCCAGAGUGAGAAUAAGAUCGACCUUCAGUACCUCGAUUUCCGGAAAAUGCCGUUCACGUUGGACGACAGCACGGUUCACCUUGUGGCUUCCAGCAGUCCAAAUUUGCACACAUUGUUCAUCAACAACCGGACUUUGGUUUGCAACGUCAAGCCGGAGACGAUGAUGGAAGUGUUGAGGGCCUGCCCCAAACUCUCCACCUUGGGGGUCUAUUACGCCAGCCUGUCUGAGGAGGUUUUUCAGGAACUGGUGAAGCCAAACCGAAGUCCCCUCAAGUGCUUAGACAUUUUCUGUGAGCGCUUGGACAAGUACAUCCCAGUCAUUCCCGAAGAUCUAUGGGCUGCAGUGAGUGAGAGAUACCCUAAAGUCCGAGUCGAGAUGGAGUUUGACCACACCGUCCCCGCCUGGAAGAUCCCUCGGAUCCUCAAGCCAACCAUCCCUGUUACUACUUUGCAACUCAACACUUACACCUACAUGGUGAACCAGGUCCGCUUUGUCACCAAUAGCUAUAGCAGGACUUUGGAGACACUGGUCCUUCGCACCACAUCGUCCAAUGACCUCAAUGCCUCCCUGAUUGAUUUGGCCAAAAAGUGUGUACGUCUGAAAGAGAUCCAUUGCUAUUGUGUGGUCAGCCAAGUUGUGGUCGAUGCCUUCCUUUUGCAUUGCAAGGGUUUGAAGAGUUACACUCUGAAGAUCACCAAAGAACGCAGUCCUUGGAAAGCAACAAUGGUCCAAUGAUUCAGAGCUUGGGCAAGUUUCCUUUUGGGACCUCAAAACUAUGAAAAUCUCUCAGCUAGUCUGCUGGGAAGUGUAGUCCCAAAAAGAUAACUUUCCCAAGCUGCACUGAAGCCCCCCAAAGAUAACUUUCCCAAGGAACAUCUACACUGAAGAAAUAAUGCAGUUUGACACCACUUUAAUUGUCCUGGUUCCAUCCUACAGAAACCUGGGAUUUGUAGUUUUGUGAGGCACCAGCACUCAUUGGCAGAGAAAGCUAAAGACCUUGUAAAAGUACAAAUCUUAGGAUCCCUUAGGAUGGAACUACAGCACUUAAAGCAGUGUCAAACAGCAUUUUUUCUACAGUGUAGAUGCACCUGAGGAUAGGGAUGGACAAAGUGCAGUCUUGCAGGCAUAUGCAUCCCCCAAGGAUCAAAAAUGCCCUCUGAGGGCGUGGAUGUAGUUUUGCAAUGUUCCUGACCCCAUCCUGGCCAAUUUAGGUCCAGGAUAGGUCUUUGUUUUGAAAGAAAAAGUGACUUUUGCUCACUUUCUGUUGUUCAAAAUGCCUCUCCUGAGCCUAAAAUCACCCAAAUAAACUUACAGUGUGUUUUUUUCAUGGGGGUGGUCAAGGGGUAUGGUCUUUUGAAGUCUCAAAACGCAAUACAGCUCCAUAGCCUUCUCCAUUUGCCAAAGCCUAGGAGAUCUGGGUGCAAGUCUCCACUGAAACAUGAAACUCGUGGGAUAUUCAUGAGCUGGUCACAUCCUCUCGGCUGAACUGACCUCACAAGAUUCUUGAAAGAUGAAGGACAAAUAAUAAAUAAAGAAAUAGGGGGGAAAUCUAGAGAUGAAUCAGAUGGAUAAAUGCAUCCCAAACUUGAAUACAAACAGAGAUUUUUGCACACUGAAUCGCACUAUUUUGGAAGAACACAGUGAUCUCAGCACUCUUUUUUUAGUUUAGCGCUGAAUACGCUUUAUUGCAAAUAUAAUGCCAGAGCUACUGAUUUGUUUUUUCCCCUCCAAAUUUUGAAUCAUUGUCAGAAAUAUUUUAUGAUCCAUUGUAAUACAAAAUAAAUACUUGCAGAUAAAUCAAAA